ACGUGUCAUGUAAACAUAAAAUUUCGGUUCGUCUUCUUCGUCCUCUCAGAGAAAACUGAUUCUCCGAACAAAAUGGAGUCAUGCCCUACUGUAAAGAACAUCCUCCUCCUAGAUUCUGAGGGAAAACGUGUAGCUGUCAAGUAUUAUUCAGAGGACUGGCCUACCAAUAAUGCAAAAGAAGCAUUUGAGAAAUCUGUUUUCAAUAAAACUCAAAAGACAAAUGCGCGGACAGAAGCUGAGAUAGCAAUGUUUGAGAACAGUAUCGUAGUUUACAAGUUUGUUCAAGACCUUCACUUUUUUGUUACCGGGGGUGAUAAUGAAAAUGAGCUCAUUUUAGCCACAGUUCUUCAGGGAUUUUUUGAUGCAGUCGGUAUUCUCCUCAGAGGCAAUGUGGACAAAAAGGAGGCACUUGAGAAUUUGGACCUCAUUCUACUAUGCCUUGAUGAGAUUAUCGAUGGCGGCAUUGUUCUUGAGACAGAUUCAAAUGUCAUAGCAAGUAAAGUUGCGAGUCAUAGUAUUGAUGCUGGAGCUCCAUUGUCUGAGCAGACAAUAGGACAGGCACUUGCUACUGCGCGUGAACAUUUUGCAAGAUCUCUUCUCAAGUGAGAGGAUGAUUGGAGAAGCAUGGAAAGAACAUCAGAGUUAUAUAUUUCCUAUUUCAUUGGGUGUACUGGCUUAUAAUAUCACACUUACAGAAUUAUUGUACUGUUAGAAUUAUUCACUUCCUGCUCAAUUCAUCUUCUCUAAUGGAUUUGAGAACAGAGUUGCAUAUUUUGCUGAACUGGAUGCCAUCAUCACAUGGGCAUUUUAGAAUGUUCAGUGAAUACAUUAUACCAUUGA